AUGGCUGACAGCAACAACAAUGGCGCCACGAGCACGAACAACGGCGAGGUUCAGGUACAAAUUCCAGGACCAUCGAAAGCUGAAGGUCCAGCACCGUCGGAAAGCUCCGAAGUCAAGAAUUGGCGGUGGUGGUUCAUGGUGUCAGCUGAUGUUUUAUUCCUCAUUGUUGGUCAGACAUCAGCAACACUGCUUGAGAGAUACUACUUCAGUCAAGGUGGUAGCAGCAAGUGGAUAUCUACAUUCGUGAAAACUGCUGGAUUUCCUAUAUUAUUCUUUGGCUUGUUCUUUUUCCCUUCAAAGUCAUCUUCCACACAAAACAGCGACACUCCCAUUGCCAAAAUUGCUUUGAUAUACAUUGUCUUGGGGCUCAUCAUAGCUGCCGAUGACAUGAUGUAUUCCAACGGGCUGUUGUAUCUUCCAGUCUCGACCUAUUCACUCAUUUGCGCUAGUCAGCUGGCAUUCAACGUUGUCUUCUCAUACGUCCUAAACUCUCAGAAACUCACUGGUUUAGUCUUAAACUCUGUAGUUCUCCUUACUUUGUCUGCUUUACUCCUUGGUGUCAAUGAAGAAUCUUAUGGAUCUGCUGGUGUCUCAAGAGGAAAAUAUAUUUUGGGUUUCCUGUUGACAUUAGGAGCAUCAGGCACCUACUCACUUAUCCUUUCCCUGAUGCAACUUACAUUUGAGAAUGUGGUCAAGAAGCACUCCUGCUCGGCAGUUUUGAACAUGCAAAUAUAUACAGCACUUGUGGCAACUUUUGCUUCUCUUUGUGGAUUAUUUGCAAGUGGUGAAUGGAAGUCUUUAAAAGGGGAGAUGGACAGGUUCAAAUCCGGGCAGUUCUCCUAUCUGAUGACAUUGGUGUGGACAUCUGUAUCUUGGCAGGUCGCUUCUGUUGGAAUGGUGGGUUUGAUCUUUGAGGUAUCGUCAUUGUUCUCGAAUGUGAUCAGCACCUUCGCUCUGCCUAUAGCUCCUCUUUUUGGUGUGAUGAUCUUUCAUGACAAGAUGAAUGGAGUAAAGAUCAUAGCCAUGCUAAUUUCCCUAUGGGGUUUUGUUUCAUAUGUUUAUCAGCACUAUCUUGAUGAUAAGAAAGCUAGAAAGGCUGUAGCUAAUAGUGCGUAG